AUGCCUAUCGGAGACCUCCUCGCCCAGAUCAGUGGCGACAAGUCACAGAGCACAUCGCCCGCUCCAACGAGGCCGCCUAUUCCCCCUCCGAAGCGAAAAGCAGAUGACGACCCGCGCAGCACCUUUUCGAAUAAGACACCGCGAACCAGCACAAAUGGCGUCGGCUCUUCUGCCCCGUCGAAACCGGCAGAUGCCCAGAGACCCGGACGGCCUGCAGAGAAGCCAACAACGACUAGUACCGGUUAUAGAGGCAGCGCCGGUCGACCUUCCGAUCGAUCGGCAUCUGCGCCAAGGAGCAUCGGUAAUGGUAACACCGCUACAAAGUCCAGUUCUUCCGGCGCCCGACUCUUAAAUGGGCAAAACACAUCGAGGGUAACCUCGACUCUGCCGAGUCGGCCAUCGCCAUCCACCCCCGCCGCUACACCCAAACCAGGAGCACCGCCGAAGAAGGGAUCAUUCGCUGAAAUUAUGGCGCGAGCCCAGCAAGCCCAAACCAAGAUGGGUCAGGUUGGCAAGAUUCAGCACAAGCCUGUGGAGAAGGUCUUCACCAAAAAGGAGCGGGAAGAGCUGAAGAAGGACGCUAAGAAAGACCCAAAGGCUGCAGCAAGGCAGUCAUCCAAGUUCCAGGGGACAGCGAGAUCAUCAUCCGCGGCCCCAUCACGCAACGGAGCCGGCGCAAACGGAGCAAGUGUCAACCGCAACGGGGCUGUCGACAAAGCAAAGGACCCCCGGGCUGCAGCGAAGGCACGCGCUGCUGCUACAGAGGAGGAGAACCAGAAGAAGCUCAAGAAGGCCGCCGUUGCGACGACAGGUUACACUGGCACCGCCCGUCCAAAACCUGGCGCGGCGUCAGCCAAGAAAAAGCCUGCCCCGGGAGGUGCGCUCCUUAACGCCCGCCCAGUCCCACUCUACGGUGGCUCUGCGAAGCGCUCGCGCUAUGACGAAGAGGAGGAGGACGAGGAACUCGACGACUUUAUCGAAUACGACGACGAGGAUGACGCUGGCCCUCGCUACACGUACGACUCUGAGGGCUCUUCAGACAUGGAGGCCGGUAUGGAUGACGUGUGGGAAGAGGAGGCCAAGGCGGAGCGCGUGGCGCGACUCGAGGAUAUCGAGCAGGAGAAGCUCGAAAAGAGGUUAAAGGCCGAGAAGGAGGAGCGCAAGCGCAGAUUCUAUGAGCAACAAAGAGCUCGACGCUGA